AAUACGACUUUAGUGUCAAAACGACUAAAAGCCUAAUGAAACGUAUAUUAUGUGUUAUAGAAAAUAAUAUAAAACUUUCAUACACAAAACAGUGAAUCCCCUUCCAUCAUGGUGGUCUUUCCAGCUUCGCUAACGGAGGAAGAAGAAGCUUUGCAGAAGAAGUAUGCAAAGCUCAAGAAAAAGAAAAAGGCACUGCUUGCGCUUAAGAAGCAGAAUACAACCAACCAGACCAACCCAAGUGGAUUAAAACGCACACUGUCAGACCAACCUGUUGUUGACACGGCGACUGCAACUGAACAAGCGAAGAUGUUGAUCAAGUCAGGGGCGAUCAGCGCCAUCAAAUCGGAGAACAAGAACUCGGGUUUUAAACGUUCGCGUAUGCUGGAGAUUAAACUCAAGGACCCUGAAAAAGGCCCAGUUCCAGCUUUCUUGCCUUUUCAAAGGAAUGUUUCUACAGAUGAAGAGCAACCUGAGUCUGGAAGGAGAUCCCACAGGAAGUCGCUAUAUGAGAGCUUCGUAAGUUCAAGUGACAGAUACCGCGAUGAGGACGACGGGGGCGGAAUUUCCUCCAGUCGAGAGAUGGACAGAGACCGGGACCGAGAGCGGGACAGAGAGCGGGACAGAGAGCGAGAUCGGGAGAGGGACCGUGACAGGGAUCGUGAUCGUGACAGAGAGCGAGAACGGGACCGGGAGCGUGAGCGCGAUAGAGAUCGAGAACGGGAGAGAGACAAAGACCGGGACAGGGAUCAAGAGCGUGACAGGGUGAGGGAGCGGGAUAAAGAAAAGGACAGGGAGAGAGACCGGAGCAGAGACCGGAGCAGUGAGAUGGAACGGGACCGUGAGACAGACAGAGAGCGCGAUGGGACAUUCAGACGGUCUGAUUCAUAUCCCGAGCGCAGAGUGAGAAAAGGGAAUACGGUGUAUGUUUAUGGCUCGGGGCUGUCUGAGGACGGCAUGCGCUCGGCUUUCUCUCAACAUGGCAACAUUAUUGACCUCUCCAUGGAUAACCCACGCAAUUGUGCAUUCAUUACAUUUGAGAAGAUGGAGUCUGCAGACCAGGCAGUAGCUGAGCUGAAUGGGAGCACAGUGGGAGAGGUUCAUAUAAAAGUCAGCAUCGCCAGGAAGCAACCCAUGUUGGAUGCUGCCACCGGCAAAUCUGUGUGGGCUUCUCUGGCUGUGCACAACAGCACCAAAGGCUCUUACAGGGACAAGAGGAACCAGGUUGUGUAUAGUGAAGAUUUCCUGGAGUGAAACAGUAGCCAUUAUUAUUGUUAUUUCUUAGGUUGAUAUCUUUGGUUUCAACUUUUUUUUUCUUUAUGAUCUGUGAGCCAUCAAUGGAUGACUGAGUACAUUACUUUUCAUCACACUAUUGAUUGUAGUUUUUCACAACUUAAGCAAGAAUUUGUGAUUAUGGGUGGUUUAAUUUCAUGCUUGAUUUAAUUCUAACUUUGCAAAAGUGAGGUAAAAAAGGUGACUUGUGUGUGAAAUUCCUUGUCCCUGUUCAAAAUUGUAAAAUGACCAGAGCACAAUGAAAAUGUAAGGGUUUGCAUUAGAGCGCCUCAUCUUGCUGGUGCUCUAAUAAAUUUGUUCAGCACUGUAUAGUUCA